AGACAGCACACCCACUGGUGCAGACACUUCUUCUUGUUCACAGCGUUUUCAUGACUGCAGAGAGAUUUAGACACGUGUGGACGUCGGCAUUUGAAAUCUUUUUCUUCUGCAUGUCAUCAUGGGCUGGUUACUGGCUGGAUGCUGUUGGCUUGCUUUGAUCAAUCUCUCAGCGACCCUCACCCUGCGUAUCACCCAGAAGCCCCGAUACUAUGGUGUGAAAACCAAGUCCACCGUGGGAAUUUACUGUAGCAUAAAGCAAAACCAGCAAGCCAAUGUGACGUGGUACAAGGCUAAAGAGUACAAUACAGAGAAAACAGAAGUAUCGGGAGAAAAGUUUGGAUACCGUGACAGGAAUAGCACCACAAAUGCCUUUCUCUACAUCCAUGAUGUGCGCGUAGACGACAGCGGAGUGUACUUCUGCAAGAUCAACAACAUAAUGGGACCUGGAACUCAACUUAUAGCUGUCAAUCCCGUUGAUUAUUCCAAGAUACAGUACAGGACCAAUAUGAAGGAUGGUCUCAUUGUCUUCCAGGGCCUUCUGCUGGCUGUGUGUAUUGCUGCUAUACUGCUACGCAAACAAUCACUGUGGGAGCAAGAAGACAGCAUGUAUGAGGAGCCCGAAACAGAUCACAUCUAUGAGGGCUUGGCGAUUGAGACAUGUGGCGGAGGUCUGUAUGAGGAACUCUCUGUGUAUGCCCAGGCUGAAGGAGCUGAGGCCCCAUGGGAGUGAGACUGACAUUACUGAACUAAUUUUCACUUCGCCACCUCAACAGUUUCACAAUAAAUACUGAUAAUACAUCCUUAAGUAUAAGUUGCAUAUUGAAAAUAGAACAUAUAUGCAGCCUUUGAAGGGCCCACUCAGAUGUGGAGAUGUGCCACUUGAUUCUUGUAAAAAGCGUGGUUUGUUUGUAAAUGUGCAGCAGUAUACAGUGCUUAUUCUUAAAAGCUUGCUAUAUGUUGAUUUUGUACUAUUUUAUAACACUGUAUUGAAAUAAUCUGAUUUGAUUUGAAGUCCACUGAAGUGUAAAUAAACCAUUCCACAAGUCCACCUUAACAGCUGAUGUUCCAGUUGUAAUUUUUGGUGCUUACAAAGUUUUGCUUUGUUUUGUUUUUUUUUAGCAUUAAUUGUGCAUGAUUUUAUACUGACGUCUCAGUCCUGACUGUUUGUGCUGAAAGUAGGUGUAAGAACAAGCUCGUGGUAAAAUCCUGUGAGAGAUAACAAAGAAAUUUGGAGUGCAUCAGACCCUGAAGGAGGCCUUACUAGUUCCUCUUUAAUUAUAUUAAACAUCUGUAUGUCUUUUGUUGUAACAGGAUUAAAAACAAUAAACACGUUUCCAUUUGCCGGAAAGAAAGCCUUA